AUGGAUGGCGCGGAGAGGCUCAUCGAGGUGCUUUCCACGGCAUCUCACAAUGGGCUCAUCCAUCGAGGCCUUCUGCAAAAUCUCUUGAAGCGCUUGUCCAUCAAUGCGCUGGAAUUUGAGAUGCUCUUGGCCGGGAUGGAUGGAGGGGAAGCUGAUGGGAUCGAUGUCUCCUACUUUAUCAGCUUUCUCUACUCAAACGCUGAGCCCGAGAUCAAAGUAUCGCUGAGCUCAGAGGUGCACCAAGCGAAGGGCCGAAAGGUUUCAUGGACAGACUCCGAAGAAAUGAAUUUGCCUUUGGCUCAUCGAGAUCGUUUGGCUUUCCAUCGGACGCUCACAGCUGGUCGCAUGCCCACUCUGAGUCAAAUCGAUGAUUAUUCUGAUGGCGACAGGGACUCCGUGAAAGAACUCGAACCCGGGGAGGACCUGGUUGGCCCAAAGGCUUCUGACUGCCCGUCCAUAGCUGACUUUGGGAAUUUGCGGGCAGAUGACAGUGAUGUGGAGGAGCUGGAGCCUGCUACUAUGCUCUCCCGGCGUGGAGGUGUUUCUGCAGUGCCCACGGGCGCAUUUGCUGCACGCUUUGUCAACUGGGUCAGCCCACAUCUUGAUAAGAAGGCGGAACACCAUGACAUUUUGCUGGAGUCGCUUGCGCACUGCCCCUUCUUUGUAGAGCUGGAUCAAGAGAUUCUGCAUGCUUUAGUCGACACCAUGGAGAUCGAGGAGUUCGAACCAGGAGACGCAAUAUACAAGAAGGGCGAUGUUGGAAGAAGUGGUUAUGUGAUGAUUUCUGGCUCCGCCAUUGCUGAGACAGAUGCCGCAGAGGCCAGCAAUUUGCUGAAGCGUUCCUCACGCUCCGAAGUCCAUGUGAAGCCUGGCGACUUCUUCGGGGAGCACACCAUGCUCUGGGGCUUCAAACGGCGCAUGAUGGUGCGAACGGUCAUGCGGACCGUGGUGGGCAAGCUGAAACGAGACGUUUAUUUCAACAUCGUCACACGCUCCGCAAUGCAUGAACGGAGCCAAAGAGAAAAGUACUUGCGGAACAACGUUCCCAUGUUCGAAACGUUUGACGAUGAACUGAUUGCGAAGAUUGCGGAUAUCAUGGAGCGGCGAUCGUAUGUGCCCAAUCAACGGGUCGUGGAGCAAGGCGACGAAGGCUCAGAAUUCUUCAUUGUACUGAAGGGUGAGUGCGUUGCUUCCAUUCGAAUUGCUAAAGUGGGUUGUGAUGGGUUUGACGAGCAUCCAGUUCGACACUACAGCAAGGGCGAACGCUUUGGUGAGCUGGCAUUCAUCAAUCAUACACCUCGAGCGGCUACAAUCACUGCGACGACUCACACACAACUCUUGUGCUUGGACCGGAUUGUUUUCGAGCGGGUGGUCGGUUCUUUGGAUAUCAAGCAGAAGGAGAACUAUGCAAGCGAUCCUCGAAAGAUCCUGGCUGACUUCUAUAGUCCUGGAGGCGGCCUGGGGCCACGUGGAGUGAGCACCGUUCUUGGGAAUUUGCAGACGUCCUGGUUUGCAGUAUAUCGGCCCACCAGUCGCGAUGCACUCGCAAAGUUGUUGAACCAAACUGCGGUGGGGAAGGGUCUCAAUGUGAAAGGCAAGUCUGCGAAGCGGAACCACCUAUCUGGUUUUGUUCCCUUCCUCCAGAUCAGCGACAACAAGCACAAGCGAAAGCUGGGGAAAGGCGUCAUGAAUGCGCGCGUCCGAGUCUACUUUCAGACCCAUGAGGCACAGGAACUGGUGAAGAUGGAAUUGGCGUCCAUCAUGCGAGAACUGGAAAGCCAACAUGAGCUCGAGCCGAUUAGGAUUGAGAACUCCUACCCCAACGUUUAUGGCAUUGAGAUGCCUGAACUGCUACUGCGGGAGGCAUAUAUUAUGCGUCCGGACAUUACCUGGCAGGUUGGCUGGGAGACUGGACGUGCCUCCGAGCCUGCUUUCAUGGAGAUGAAUCUGCACGCAGUGCGAAGCAAGAGUCUUCCCAAGGUUGUGCUCUACCAAUAUGAUAAUGGAAACCCCAUGAAUCCUCAUGGUCUCCUCAUUGCUUAUGCUGAAGCCAUGGUUAAGCCAGUCGUCUCAGAUUUUGAUACAUUCACGGUCGGCAGUCGAGGGAUGAUGUAUGAACCCAUUUGUGAGGAGCAGCAGGCCUUGAUGAUGUGGAGCUUACAAUGCACCGAGAGAAUUCUUCAAUCUCCAGAUGCUUCGAGCUGGAACUCCCGAUGGUUGGAGGUCCUUGAGGAGGCAGACCGCAACGGUUUUCACCCGGAGAUCCCCGAAUUUGGCUUUGGAGAUCCCACGUCCUACAGAUUAACCAAAGAAGUUAUUGAAGCCACGAAAAUGUGUGGCGCUGUACGACAUGGGUCUGAGUGCUUUAAUUUCUACUUCCCGCAGGAGCUCGACUCAGAGUACCUCAUCAUAUGGGAUGGCUUUGAAGGGAAGCCUUGGUCAUAUCGGAACUGCUCAGGUUUAGUGGAGUUUCUGCUGGCAAGAGCUCACGAAGGCUACAGCUUUCCCUUGAAUCCCGUUUGGCCAGUGCGUGAUGAGGGCUGGUACGAAGUGUUUGACACACUGCGCAAGAGUCCCGAUGCGCAAGAUUGUUUGGCUGCAUGGUUUCCGCGCGAGUCUGGCGUUGUGGAAUGCAUUGAACGCCUCCACAAAAGAUACCGAGACGGAUUCCAAGUUAUGGCCGAUCAAUGUCAUGAGCUUCCAGAUAGCAGCCGCUUGGCAACAAAGCUCAGCUUCCGAAACCAGGCUAAUGCCCUAAGCCAAGAAUUGAAAACGUUGGAGUCGCAACUGGCAGCGGCAGCUUCGGAGUUCGUUUGUCCCGUGGGCAUCCUUGCAGCAACGAGCCAGAGACUGGAAGGUGCCAGGUUGGAGUUGGUGUCGGCCCAGCAAUGUGUGCAAGAAGCCCUUGGGAAAGAUGUUGAUGACGAGUGGCUUUGCCCCGCAGAGGAGGCGCCGGAGCUCGCACAAGCCGCGGAGCUGCGACGCAGCGCGCAGCAGGAGCGCCAGGCAGCUGAGGCCACUUUGCUGCAGCAGCGUGCCACACGUGUAGAGCUGUUGCAGAGGUUGCAGGAGGUCACCCGGCAAAAUCAGAAGGCGAUCGAUCAGCGCCAGGUGGAGUUGGACAAGGAGGCAGCCAUCGAGAGGCAGCUGAAGGCGACCUGCGAGGCACGGGAACGGGAGACUGAGGAGAUUCGGGAGGAAGUGCUUGCUCAGGGCCGGCGGCUCGAUGCACGCAACACCGUGACCAGCUUUUUCCAGGUGCCACCUCGAGAUGCAGCGAGGAGACAAGCCAAGGCCCAACAGGAAGCCGAAGAAGCCAAGGUGAUUCUGCAGCUCAAGCGAAUCUCAGAUUCACACCUGUCCAAAGUCCACGGUGAGCAAAAUAAGAUCGAGGAGAAAAUUGACGGUCUCAGAGCCAAGCAUGAGAAGAGGAUGGGCGAGUUGCAG